UAGUUGAGAAUUAUAUUAUUAAUAGUAAUAAAAAUGAAAUAUAUGUGUAUCUUAAUGUUAUGUAUCAUGGCUGUGGCAGCCAAUGUGUGCCAGAACGAUGCCCAGAAGGCAGGAUCUCCUCUUUCUAUAAGUUUCGGAAUGGCCGGAAUUACAUAUGUCUAUCUUUUGGAUAUUUUGGAAGACCAAGACAGUGAAUUACUCUAUUUUAUUGGGUGGUUUGGUUCACCUGCUCCAUAUGACACAAUAAUCUACAAGUCGGGCCCUGCCCUGGCCAAAGUGCAAGUGAUGACUUAUGAUAUCUACAGCAACUACCGUCUCUACGCCAUGUCUCCAAGCAAGGAAUUCAUCUAUAUCCAAGACCAUACAACAGAAAAGAUAUUCGAGGUCAGGACUUCAGACCUGGUAAUCUCCAGGGAGUUGUCAGUUAGCUCUGCCUCUGUGAGUUUUAAUACAAACAUGGAAGUGAGUGAAGGCUUCUUCUUCAGCCUCAUCAGCAGCUCGGUCAUGCACACUUGCAGAUGGAACAUGGCAGAUACCAAUCUCGACUGAUUCACUUUCGGAGUCAACAGUCAGGCCAAUUUGGCCCCAAUCAAUGCCGAUCUGCUGUUCUUUGGAUCAACUGACACAGCAGCCGAUCAAUACUACCUGGUGAACUAUAACUUCUCCUCCUCCAGCCUGGCCUGGAAGAAGAGCAUUGCCUGUCCCACUUCGGGCUGAGGGAGCAAAUUCAGCAGCUCCCUGGUGAGCAGAGAUGAAGAGUGGGUCUACACAAUGGUGCUGUACGAUGAAAAUUUUAUUUUCCAAAAGCUCAGCAUCACCGACGGGAGUACCCAAAGCUCAGGGCUGAUUUGGAACGACAGUGAGUAUGUUGAUAGUUACUGAAUGAAAGAGUUCAGUGGUUUCAUUGCCAUCCAGAUUGCCAGUUCCUCAUCAUCAUAUGGAAAAAGGUUGAUCCUGGUCUCCCCCUCUGCUGCAGAAGUUGUGAAGGAGUACAAGUCGGUGGAAUCGAGGGCUUAUGCAAUCGGAAGGUUGGUAUAUAAAGAGGAAGAGUUAAUAUUUCAUUCUGGAAGAAUAGAACCUAGUUACGCAUUCUUCCUUGCAAGAUCACCCACAAACAACAUUGGACAGCUUGCUGAGUUUGAAGAAGACACUCCUCUGUUCAGUCCAACUACCACUUUCUAUCAGGUGUCGUCAACAACAUCAAACCCAAGCCUCACCUCAAGCACGAAGACUCUUACGAUCUCAAUUUCAUCGUCCAUCACUACUACUGACAUCACGCCAUCCACCAAUCCUUCGUUCACCACAUACGUGGCUUUGUGGAACCAAGACUACUUGAAGACUGUCCAGAGCAACGCUUCGGUGAAAUUGGAAUUCACCUGGGCCUGAGCUCAGUCAGCUAAUUACACUGCCAUCAGCUUCAGUCUGGCCCAAACUGGCUCAAAUACGAUACCUGAGUGGGUGCAGUUGGAUGCAGGCAACCAAGAGCUACACCUCAACAUCACUCCCAAACUGACCGAAAAGAAGACUUUCUAUUUUUCACUGCAGAUCUCCUUCAACAGUGAAGUUCACUACAAGAAGUUUGAGAUCACUGUAGAAAAAUGAUCAAUUCAAAACUGCGAUCGGUGAACAUUAGGAGACCACAGCACUUGAGAGGCUUGAUCAGAUGGAUAUCAAAGCUCUGAUGGACAAACAUUAUGUUCCAAAGUUGAAUCUCCUGCCGAAAAUGCGCCAGCUGGUGCUACACAGACUGCCACUGCUUUUAUUGGAGCAAGUAUGAUAAUUGCUGCUGCCUCAUCUGCUCUUUCUUUUACUUCGGUCAACUCAAUUUUCUGUAUGAUGAAUAGCCUGCAACUUGCAAUUCUUCUGCCACUCGUUCCAGAGUAUUUUUCACUCAAAGUUUUAGAUUUCUUGAAUGGAAUGGGCUUUGCAAUGCUUUCAUUAGAUUUUAUUCAUCUCAAAGAUAUUCCUUUUGUUAAAACUAUCACAAACUGGGUCAAAUAUCCACAGACCGAUGAAUACUUGGAAGAGAUAGGAAUGAGCUCAGGAAGUUCUCUUGUGAACUAUUUCUCUCUUAUAUCCUUAACUAUUUUGCUCGUAAUAUGCCACAUCUGAGUUUAUUUAUUUACAAAAUGAGCAAGGAAAUCUGAACGCGAGAAAUGUAAGAAGUUCUUCAAUAAACUGUUUGAAUUCUUUACCUUCAACAUUUACAUUCGUACCUUUAUCCAGGCGUUUAUGUUCACAAUACUCUGCACUUUUUCUGAAAUGUAUUCACUAAACCUGAAGACAACAACUGUGAAAAUCUCGUUCGGGUUCUGCAUAGUUACCGUUAUGGUCUGAUUUUGUUUGCUAAUCCUAUCCCUGUACAUGUAUAAAAAAUCGUUUCCAGAGAUAGACAAUGAGAAAUAUUGGGCCUGUAAGGAGUUCUUCAAUGGAGUUAAAGAUGGCAGAUACUCUAAGCUCUACACGACAAUCUUUUUGAUGCUUAGAGUUAUGCUAGUUGCUCUUGUUAUUUUUGGGAAAACUAUUCCAUCAUUAUACAAGGCGACGGCAUUUUACUUAAUAAACAUUGCUUAUGGAGGGUAUCUCCUGGUUGUCAGACCGUAUGAUAACCCUCAAGAUAAUAUUGUUGAAUGCAUCAACCAGGUCUUAUUCUGCUUCCUUGCUGUUCCAUUAUCUUGGUUAAAAACAAAGUCGAGUUGGACUUCAUUUUAUGAAGGUUUUUACAUCAAAAUUCUUAUGGCUUCCCCAAUUAUAGGAAGCAUUGUUUGAUUCAUAUUUUUAAUCAAAUCAAUCAUUUCUCGAAUCAAAAAAAUUAAAUCUACCACUAAAGUUCAAAAUUUACCUCUUCCCAACAUAAUCAGUGGAAAUCCAAGAAGAUUCCACAUUCAUGAGGAGAGCAAGCUAAGCCAUGCAACACCCAACUCUGUUCUAAAAUAUUCAUCAAACCUCAGCCUGCAGCUAUCUGAAAUCCCCACUAACAUCCAGAACCCGAGCUUGCAGCACAUCGCCAGAAUACGGGAAGAGAACAUCAAUAGGGAUAGAAUGAGAAUCCAAAUGAGGAAACAAAAUUUAAACUAAUUUACUAGAUUCAUGAAUCAAUCUUAAA